AUGGUUUCGAACGGUGUCAAAUCUUUAAUUUUCCAGCUAAAAACCGGUGCGAUUGUAGCGUCGGUGCAAAAGUGGACCCCUGCAAGUCUCAUCGAUGGCCGCGAGCUAGACGACGGGCUUGGAAUCGUACUGCUGAACCGGCCCAUCCUGCUAGAGAAGCAAUAUUUCACAUCUCUCUGGAAUGGUGCCAAGGUGCGUGUCGCCGUUGACGGUGGCACGAACCGAUGGGUUGACUUUGUGAAGGGCAACAUCAACGGUGAAAACCAGCUCAAACCACCCGAUCUCGUGACAGGCGAUUUCGAUUCGUGCAACCAGGAGGCCAUGGCGUACGUCGAGCAGCUCAAGUGCACGAACGGUUUCUUAUGUCUCACCCAACAGAUCGUCCACACGCCGGAUCAGAAUGCGACCGAUUUCACCAAAUCACUGAAGGUCUUAAAAUCCCACGGAUACGACGGGCAGAUCAAUCGUGUCCUAGCGCUAUGCGAAUCCUCCGGUCGGCUCGAUCAAAUAAUGGCCAACCUCAACACGCUCUUCCUCGCCGGUGCCAUUCUACCGCGCACGGACGUGUACCUGCGGUCCAGUAAUUCGCUCUCCUGGCUACUUCAACCCGGUGAACACUGCAUCGACAUUCCGCAGCGGCUCGUUAACGAGCGCAUCUGGUGCUCGCUCAUCCCCAUCGGCCAGGGGUGCUUGUGCAGAACCGAGGGGCUGAAAUGGAACCUGGACGGAAGCAGGCCACUGCAGUUUGGCAGCAUCGUGAGUACCUCGAACACAUACUCGUCGAACCGAGUACGGAUCGUGACCGAUGGGUCGCUGCUUUGGUCGAUGGGAACCACCCCCAAAGACAUGUGAUAAACCUGGACCGCCUCGCGAACUUGGCGAGGUGCGGAUUUGUUUUUAAACCCUUUUUACAAUGGCCACAUGGCGCAGCUACUUUUCGGUUUUAUUUUCCCCUGUCACUUGAAACUACAAGUAAAAAUAUGAUCGCCUUUCGUCGCCCGUUCUGCGUAGCAGUAUUAAGCUGGUGUUAUCAAAUAUCUUAUAAAAAUCAACAUAAGAAGGUGCAGGUGCGAUGGUACAAUCCACUUGUGCGUUUGAACAUCUCGUACUAGCGCGACUGUUUUAAAUAAGGCAUGACCUCGGCUGUUACAGCAGGAGCAAUUUGCCAUUCGCACUUGCUAGGUAAAAACGGUGCUAGGCAUUAACCCCGCUAUUCCUAAGAUAUUCAACCCAAAAUUGAAGAUGAACUCGGCUGUGCAACGUUCUCGUGGAGUGAAGUAUAAUAGCUGCUUUGUUGCGAAAGCCUCCAUCUCAUUUAAGUGCAAUUAGUUGUUGUUUGUUAACAGUUGUAUCAAGCUCUGAGUUUGCAUUUUAGUAAGCGUCACGUGUAAUUACACUGGUGCGUUUAGUAUAAGCCCAACUGCUAUGGCCGUUAACUUUCGACAUCAGUACAAUUCUGAACGUGUAUUAGAACUCCUUUGUGUACAACCAGAAGCUGACAAACGCCAUCAGCAAACAUCUUACGAUAUCAAUUCGUUUAAUAAAUCGCUGCCUUAAUUCCCAAAGAAA